UCUCAUGUUAUCAUAGUCCACUUCGCCUAGCUCUCUUGUUUAUAUUGUGAUUGUAACAUCUUGAUAUCCAUUGCUUAUACAGACUGCUUUUCCUAAGUGUGAUUUUCCAUCUUAACAAGAAGUUCCAAUACACGAGAAUGUUAUGUUUCUGUGGACUGUAAUAAGAGCUAUAAACUAGCAGGGCCCUCAAAGACCAUGCUGGGAAAAGAACAACACACUUAAAGUUAGAAUGCCACAGAGUUCUCGGCUGAUGCCAAGAGAGCUUCAGGGAAAACAAUUGCCCGAUGACCUGCUGCUGGGGCUGAAGUUCAUAUUUGGCCCAUCUGCUGUCCCAGCUUUGGAUUUGGUGGAUCACCGUUCUGUCACCCGAGUUGUGUCCCCGAGUGGAAGGACUGCCUAUCAGGUCCUUGGGAGCUCAGGCAAACUCUACACCUGCUACAGUUCCUGCCACUUCUGCACGUGUCCUGCUUUUGGUUUCACUGUACUGCAGAAGAGCGAGAGCCUUCUGUGCAAACAUAUACUUGCCGUCUACCUCAGCCAGGCCAUGGGAGCCUGUCAGGAGCUGACUGUCUCUGAGGAGCAGCUCACAAGCAUCUUACUGGCUGAGGAAGAGGAUGAAGGAUGAAGGACUCAGAUCACAUGCACAUGUGAUUUCCAUGUACCUCCUGGCUGCAUAGCCAGCAUUUUUCUUGUCUACAUGGCUGUCAAAUGUCCAUUGCGGCUGGUAGGCUUAUUCUUGUGCUGUAAUCAAGUAUGGCUUAAUUAGCAGCUUUGCACUGAUACAUAAUAAAUGGUAAGAAGCCUG